AUGGGUAUCUCACGAGACAGCCGCCACAAGCGGUCCGCCACUGGUGCGAAGCGCGCCUCCUACCGAAAGAAGAGAGCUUUCGAGAAGGGCCGUCAGCCAGCCAACACCCGUAUCGGCAACAAGCGAAUCCAUCUUGUGCGCACCCGAGGUGGUAACACAAAAUACCGAGCCCUGCGCCUGGAAACCGGCAACUUCUCAUGGGGAAGUGAGGGUAUUGCCCGCAAGGUCCGUGUGAUCGUCGUCGCCUACCAUCCAUCCAACAACGAAUUCGUCCGCACAAACACCCUGACCAAGUCCGCCGUCGUGCAAAUCGAUGCGACCCCUUUCCGUACCUGGUACGAAGCUCACUACGGCACCACCAUUGGUCGCAGACGCCAGGGCCAAAAGGGCGCCGCCGAGACCGAGGAGACCAAGGUCAGCCACAGCGUCGAGGCCAAGCGGGAAGCUCGCCUGAAGAAGUCCGGCAAGAUCGAGCCUUCGUUGGAACGUCAAUUCGAGGCCGGAAGACUCUUCGCUGUUGUCAGCUCGAGACCCGGCCAGAGCGGUCGUGUUGACGGUUACAUCCUCGAGGGCGAUGAGUUGGCUUUCUACCAGAGAGCCAUUAGGAAGUAG